UGGGGUCCCUGGCUGGCCAGCAGGCUGGGCUGCUGACUGAGACUCCCUCUAGUCUGUACCUGCCAGCCAAUCAGCACCCGCCUUGCCCUCAGUGCCUCACUUUCAAUGAGGGAGCGGGAGACGGAGCAGCUGAGGCAAAAGAACACUGAGCCGCCAGGCAGGGACAGAGACAGCCAGGAUCGGCCGCCAGCCUCGCAGCAGUGAAGACAGGCGUGUGCUGCCACGAGGUACUGAGUGAGCAGGACCAGACUGUGGGACAGUGCUGCUCUCUGUGCAACACAGCUCCUGGAACUAGCUAGAAUGAGCACCACUGCUUCACUGAACACCCAUUGUCUCCCACCCCCGCCUGUGCCUGAACAAGAGGAGGAGCAAGAGCAACCUCAGAUAUACAUGUGUGUGUUGUGGUAUGUAGGGCAGCUGGGGAUCACUUAUUAUGACACAGGCGACUGCUCAGUCUACUUCAUGCCCGACAUGCCUGAUAAUGAAGACCUCAAGCUGCUGCAGAAAGUGAUUGAUGAAGUCCUUCCUCGAUGCAUAGUGACUAGUGCCAAGCAGGAUCACAACAUUGCCAAAUUCCUGACCAAUAUGAGUGCUGCUACUGGGGAUGUGGACAAACCAGAAAUUGUCCUCUUUCCCAAUAUGGACUUUGGCCUGGAAGUGAGCAAACAACGGAUCCUAUCUAGGCAAUUCCCUUUCAUUCCCUCUCAUAUGACUGCAACAGAGAAAAUCCUCUAUUUGUCCUCCAUCAUUCCCUUUGAGAGCCCACUCAUGGUACGAGCAUUAGGUGGGCUGUUGAAGUUUCUUGACAGGAGGCGGAUCGGAGUCGAACUGGAAGAUAGGACAAUCGGAGUUCCCAUCUUGGCCUUUAAAAAGUUUGUGCUCAUGGAUAUUGUGAAUAUGGACCAAGAUACUUACUGUGUCCUACAGAUAUUUAAAAGUGAGGUGCAUCCUUCUGUUUACAAGCUGGCCAGUGGGCUGAAAGAAGGACUCAGUUUGUAUGGGAUUUUGAACUGCUGCAGGUGCAAGUGGGGAGAGAAACUGAUGCGGUUGUGGCUCAUGCGGCCCACCCGGAACCUUACAGAGCUGAACAAACGGCUGGAUGUUAUUCAGUUCUUCUUGCUGGCUCAGAACCAUGAAACAGUCCUGACUCUUCAAGACUGCCUCAAGAAUAUAAAAAAUGUACCUCAGAUUCUGAGAAGAAUGACUCUUUCACAUACAAAGGUCAGUGACUGGCAGGCACUUUACAAGACAGUUUAUAGUGCAGUGUGCCUCAGAGAUACAUGCCGCUCCCUGCCUAGCAGCAUCGAGCUCUUCCAGACCAUUUCACAGGUCUUCACCGAUGAUCUGCACUAUAUUGCCAGUCUCAUCAGCAAAGUGGUAGAUUUUGAAGGCAGUAUCUCAGAAAACCGCUUCACCGUCAGACCCAAUGUGGAUUCCACCAUUGAUGAAAAGAAACGAAAGCUGAUGGGUCUCUCAGACUUCCUUACAGAGGUGGCCCGGAAGGAAUUGGAGACCCUGGACAAUCGGAUUCCUUCCUGUUGUGUGAUCUAUAUUCCCUUGAUUGGAUUCUUGCUUUCCAUUCCACGGCUGCCCACAAUGUUGGACAAGAGUGACUUUGAGAUUGAAGGCCUGGACUUCAUGUUCUUGUCAGAGGAUAAACUGCAUUACAGAAGUGCUAGGACAAAGGAACUAGACAGCAUUCUGGGUGACCUGCACUGUGAGAUCAGAGACCAGGAAACACUUAUCAUGCACCAGAUGCAGACAAAGAUCUUGGAGAAGUCGGCGGUGCUUAACAAUGUGAUUGAGUACACAGCGCACCUAGAUGUGCUGCUAGCUCUGGCAGUGAUGGCUCGAGAGAAUAGCUACAGCCGCCCAUGCUUUACCCACCACCAUGGCAUCCACAUCAAGGAUGGCAGGCAUCCACUCAUGGAGCUAUGUGCAAAGACUUUUGUGCCCAAUCCUGUGAACAGUGGUGAGGCUAAUGGGCGGAUAAAGAUCCUUACAGGGCCCAACUCAUCUGGGAAGAGUGUAUACUUAAAAAUGGUGGGCCUUAUAACAUUCAUGGCCCUAAUUGGCAGCUAUGUCCCUGCUGCAGAGGCUGAAAUUGGGGCAGUUGAUGGGAUUUACACCAGGAUUCACAGCAGAGAAUCAGUAUCUGUGGGACUUUCCACUUUCAUGAUUGAUCUCAACCAGGUUGCCAAAGCAGUGAACAAUGCCACUGAGAGGUCCUUGGUACUCAUUGAUGAGUUUGGCAAAGGGACCAACACAGUGGAUGGCCUCUCCCUUCUGGCCGCUGUGCUGAGGCACUGGCUCAACCAGGGAACUCAGUGCCCGCAGGUCUUUGUCUCCACUAAUUUUCACAGCUUGGUGCAGCUGAAGCUCCUUCCUGACACCCCUCUUGUGCAGUACCUGACAAUGGAGACCCACCAAGAUGGAGAUGAGUUAAUAUUCUUCUAUCAGCUCAAGGAGGGGGUGUCUACUGUUAGCCAUGCUGCCAAUAUUGCUGCAUUGGCUGGGAUGCCACCCAAAGUGAUUGCACGAGGAAUGGAAGUAUCAGAGCUUAUCCGAAAUGGAAAACCUAUUAGACGUAUUGAUCAUCCAUCCAAAGGGAACCAGCUAGAGAGAUGCAAGUCUCUGGUGGAAAAGUUCCUUUGCCUAGACCUUGAUGACCCUCAUGUGGACUUAGAGAAGUUCAUGAGUCAGGAAGUGCUGCCCUCCGCAGCCUCCAUUCUGUACCCAUGUAACCCUAGAAACAUGGACUAUAUGCUAUAGGCCUCCAUUGCUGUCAAACAACAAACAUUUUGGUGGGAGGAGCUUAAAAUGUCCCUAUAAUUUUGAUAUUAAUGGGAAUAAUAUCCCUUCAGUGAAUUUUCUUCAACUCCAAAUAUGAAAUGCAAUCCAACAUACAGAAGCAACUACCCAAUAUCCAGCUGAAAAACCCCAUGGACAAGAGAUCUAUGUUCUCCAGAGGAAAUGAAAUAACUUUUGCAAUGAUCAAUAAUGUCUCUGACCAAUACUCCCACCCCAUAUUUAAAUUUUAAAAUAUUUGUAUUGUAAAAGUUAUGUUUCCUUUUUCCUGUUUCAAACAACUGUUGUGGCUACCUAUCUGUCUGAGAUGUGACCU